ACCGCGGACGGCGCGGGCGCGCUACCCGUGAUGGAAGACCGACGGGAUCCACUCCGAUGGUCUAUAUCGAUAUUGCCAAUACUUUCGAGUUGAAGAUUUAAGUGGCAACUAAAACAAAAUACGAGUGCUUAAUAUAAUGAACUUUAUGCAUUAUUGUGAAUGGACAAUUGUUUAUAAGUGAUAUGACAGUGUUUAAUUAAGUGCUCUUGUGUUUACUGGCUUUCUUGAAGAAUUUUAUUUCAAAUAGGGAGAUGUAUAGGAGGAUUUAGUUUGAUAAGAAAAUGCUUUCUUUUUCACGUCGAUUUGAGAUAUCGUGAUAUACAUAUUUACAUGGGUAAUAGUUAUGAUUUGAUGGAUGAACACUUCACAUUAUGGGAAAUAUAAUGCAGUUACGAUGUUCAUUUUUAUCAAGCUAUGUGAGGCUAAUAUGAGCAAAUUAUAGUGCCAAGGAGUAUAAAGAACAAUCAGUAAAAAUGAUACAAGGAUUGCUGGAAUCGCUCUACAAAAUCUAUGCAGAUUGGCGCGCACCGAUGACGGACGAAUCGGAGGCGGGUCGGCGGGCGCGCGCUCCGCCGGCGCCGCCGCCGCGCCCGAGCGUGCGUCCCGAGCCGCGCCCGCGCACCCUACCCCCUGCGCCGCGACUUAUCCGUCCCUCCGAACAUCUAGCGAUGGUAGAGCAGGCACGGGAACGGCGUCCGCCUCCUCUCGUACCGUCGGUUACGGUGGUGCAAGGGCCGUCGAUGUUUCAGGGCCCCAAAAUGGUGCAAGGUCAAACUAUGAUGCAAGGUCCGCCAAUGGUGCAAGGGCCAUCGAAGGUGCAAGGCUCAUCAAAGGUGCAAGGUGGUCCAAUUUUACAAGGGCCUCCGAUAGUGCAAACGAUGCAGCCAAAGAUGCAAGGGCAUGUGUCAGGACCGAGACCGCCACCCCCGCCCCCGGUGCCGCGGCCGUAUGCACCGCCACCCACGCGCAUGCCGGCGCCGCUGUCCCAUCCUGUUUCGAGGUUACCGCAGCCAAGGAGAGAUAUUCAGCCACCACCGAUUGUUCACGCUCCGCCGAUAGCUUUGCCACCCCCGACCGCUGCUUCUGCGCCACCAGCCUCGCAUUGCUCCGCGCCACGCACUAUCGUUAUUCAACGGCCGGACGCGCGGCACGGCUUCGGUUUUACGUUGAGACAUCUUGUUGUUUACCCACCGGAGUCGUUACAGGAACUGUAUGAAGAUGCGCGUCACCUGGCCGUUGGCGCUGUUGGUGCGCCAAUGGACACGAUCUUCGUAAGGUCGGUGCGGCCAGGCGGACCGGCGGCGGCGGCGGGCCUGCGCGCCGGCGACCGCGUGCUGGCCGUCAACGGCGAGCCGGUCGCCUGCGGCAGGUCGCGUGCGCCCUACGCGAGGGUCGUGCAGCUAGCGCAGAGGGAGCCCAGGACGCUCAGGCUCACUGUUGUGCCAAGGGAUCACGAUUUGUUGCAAAGGUAUUUUAGUGAAGCGGCAUACAACCCAGAGACAAAUCAACGUCCGAUCGAAAUGCCGGCGGUGACGGAACACGAGUCGCGUCUGUUCGACGCUUACAGACGGCCGCGGCUGCCGGCCCUGCCAGCUCCUCAAGCACCCUCCAGACAUCGCGAGGAUCCUGAAUACGCAACGGUAGCGCCACCAUCUAGAUACGAUGGACCGCGACUAUCAACUACACAACAUUAUCUAUUACAUGAUGGCAGAAGAGAGUCUGACACUUCUCUACCAUCAUCAGCAGCGGAGAGCAAAGACAGUCUCGGUUCCUUUGAUUCGAAUUCGACACUCACAGGCCGAGAGCUGGACGACUCGAUUAUCCUCUCCCGAAUACGAAAGAGUCUCGAGCAGAAGGAGGCCUUCCUUCGACGUCCGAGUCAACCUACAGGAUGGGUCACCCCGGACGCCCCACCGUCAAUUAAGCAGAAGGAGUUCUACGCCAGGCCACAGAAGCUACAGAAGCCAGCUUGGCCACCGCCUGCUUCUUCCCCGCCGCUAGCAGCUUCCCCACCACCACCGCUUCACCAGCCACAGAACCAGGAACAGAGAAAAGAAGAAUGUGCCACGAGCGUAGACAGUGGGACAUAUAGUGGCUAUGGUGAAUUGAAUGGCACGCAUAACGAUAAAAAUAGAUUAAAACAAGAUAAAAGUCAAUUCGUAGCGACGUUGUCCAAGAUACACGAAAGUUCGCCUAACGCCCAGAGCACGAACGUCGGAACAUUAAGCAACGGAUCAUCUAUAGAGUUCAGAGAAGAAAACGCUUCAUCUAGUAAUCAAGAUAAUAGAUACCCAGUACCUGAGCUCCAGUUGGUCACGGCGCGCACACGACAGCUCGAAGAAGCGCGCGGUGUGGGCGAGAGACGAACAGAAGUCGCCAGAAGUGAACUCGCCCGCCUUUCAACCACGAGAUUAGAGCCGAGCGUAGCUUUGAGAAGGAAGGAGUUCGAAACUCGAACAGUAAGAAGAGAAGCCAGGUCACUGGAUGUACAACCUCAGCAUGAUUUAGAGCAAGAGUCGCCCCUCCUCGGCGGGAGCCUAUCAGGAAAUCAGUUAAUGAUCACCGGCAGCAAACACCUCCAUUGUCCACCUCCAGAAGGAUACACGCCCGAAACAGAAAAGGUUCAAAUGCGAACAAGGUCAAAUAGUACCGGUAGUGAAGGAUUAUCUAUUAGAAGACAUCAUGCCACAGAUGGCAGUCACGCGAAGAGACGAAUGGGGCUGAACAGAGAACAGAUGGAGGCGAUGAACCGCGUGUCGCUGCCGGGCGAGGGCCCGCAGAGGCCGACGCAGCUGAGCCUCGCGCCGCCCUCCCCCUCGGCCUCCACCUCGGCCUCGCCCACGCCCACCACGCCCGCCGACUCAGGUUUUGCUGAUGAUUUGGUGACAAGACGACAGAAGAAAGAUGCACAAAUGGGAGAAGAGGAACGUGCAAUGCGCAGGGUUUCCUAUUUGAAAGCAACCUGGGGUGAUCGACUACAUUUAGACAGUGAUGUUGAACCCGACGCUGAUCAUCUCGCUCUCAGAAGUGCUUACCGAAAAUGGCGCCCUCCACGUUUCACUGAAGACAUAACACCGUUGCUGCGAAUAUUCGACCCUCAAGCCACCCUCCCCGUGCGUCCGGAGAAAAAAGGCGAAGAGGCAGCUGAGAGUACUGAAGCCUUGGAAGCAGACGUGCAAGGCAAUGUACAAAUCAAAAUGGUGGUCAGCAAUGGAAAGCGCGCAAGUGACAGAUCCUGGAAACAGGUGUGGGCGGUUCUGCAAGGCACCAAGCUCUACCUUUACAGACAUCAUCCCACUCAGAGCCCCGGCGCAGUCAGCGGCAAUGCGACCGGCGCAGAGAGCGGCUCACGAGACGCGCUUGACGUUCGCUACUCGCUCGCCGCCCUCGCAGACGAUUAUACGAAGCGCAAGCACGUCGUGCGCGUCACUACCGCCGCGGGCGCAGAGUUGCUGCUGCAGGCGGAAGGCGCUGCAGAUGCUCAGCGCUGGUUGGCGGCACUCCGAAGACAUUCAGCUGAGCCGCCUCCGGGUGAGCCGGCGACCGCACUUCCGCCCGCGCCCGCUUCUGCUCCACCCACCGCCACCACCGCACCCGCCACCGCAGAGUGCCCCUCGCCACUGCCACCGCAACGCACUAAAAAGAUCGGCAGGAACAGGUCGCCUACCGGUCCCCCGACACCAACUCUCCCCUCGUCCCCUAAGAACAAGACGUGGAAGGGUCGCGUGGCGAAGCAGCUGCGACGCAUGCACGGCGGCACGGGCAACGCGGCGCCCACCGUCGUGGGCUGGCUCGGCGCACCGCUCGAGCGCUGCCCCGCAGAUGCAGAAAGUCCCUCAGUACCCAAAGCUGUCACGCUGCCCGCUCAGGCUGUCGAGGCAUACGGGCUUCGCACGGUGGGCGUAUACCGCGUGCCCGGCAACGCGGCGGGCGUGGCGGCGCUGGCGGCGGCGCUGGACCGCGGGGAGCCCCCGCCCGCCAGCGACGCGCGCUGGGCCGACGUACACGUGGCCUCCAGCCUUCUCAAGGCCUACCUACGCCGGCUGCCCGACCCUAUCCUCACCAAGCACCUCUACCCCGCCUUCAUCGCGGCCGAUCGUUCGCCGGAAAGAGCGCGCGAACUACGCCGUCUCGUUCACGCUCUUCCCCCGGCUCACUAUGAAACACUGAAGUACCUGAUCCAGCAUUUGCGCAAAGUAGUCGCACAUUCUGCUUUUAAUAAGAUGGAGGCAAGAAAUUUGGCCAUCGUGUUCGGUCCAACGUUGGUCCGCGCGGCCAGCGACGACAUGCUCGCUAUGGUGAACGAUAUGUCCAGCCAGUGUCGCAUCAUCGAGUCCUUCCUGACACACUACGACUGGUACUUCGAGGAGGAGGAGGGCUCCCCACCCGCAGAGCCGCCGCCUGCCUCCGACCAGCUGUCGCCUGCACCCGCACCCUCGCGCGAUCUGCUCAUACACAACGUCAAGAAGAUUGAAGGCAAAGACGUGUCGACUCGCGACAUCGUGUCCUCGAUAAUAUCGGCGGCCAACCGCAAGAUGCAGCGCAAACCGCGCAAGAGCGACAAGAAGUGGGAGGACAAGCCGCGCUCGCCCGGCGCCUCCCCCCCGCGCUCCCCGCUCGCCUCGCCGCCCGCCGCGCUGGCGCACUACGACGGCCUGCCGCACUACCUGCACGAGCGCGAGCCCGACAAAAUCGAUAUGGAGGCGCUCGGACGUGGUCGGCAAGAGAUCUCGCGACAUGCACACGCGCUGAAUAACUUCUCCAUCGAUGGAACCGGAGACUUGGUGUCCUCUCUCACGAGCACGUUCGACCAGAAGCUGCGCACUCUGAACAACUCCUCGCCGCUCGACGACGGCAGCAUCCCCUACGCCGACGAGUGCCAGGACGACAACGAGGAGGGCAAGUCCAGCGGCAGCUCGCCCUCCGACGCGGGCUCCGUGCGCGGGGCUUCCCCCGUGCGCGCGCGCGCCGACCAGCUCAAGGCGGCCUGGCUGCGCUCCGCCUCCUCGUCCUCCGACGAGCCCGACGCGCGCGCCUGGCCGCCCCCGCGCGCCAACCGCCCCGCCGCGCCCCCCGCCGCGCCCGCCUCCCCCGCCUCCCCGCGCGCCUCCCCGCGCGCCUCCCCGCGCGCCUCCCCGCGCGCCUCCCCGCCCGCCACGCCGCCGCGCACCGACGACGACUCCGAGAAGGAGAACUGCGGCGCGCCCGAGAAGAACCUCCGCGACGACGACAAGGACGUCGACACUCGGUCGCAGAACUCGAGCGACGCGCUGCCCGACAACGACAAGGGCUUCGAGCGCGCGCUCUACCCGAACUACGGCGCGCAGCGGACCGGAGCCCCGGACUGCGGCAAGCGCGCCGGCGCCGCCCUCGACUGCGAGGAAACCGAGGCCGGCGACGGCGAGGGCGAUCGCGCAAAGCUGAAGCGCUCCGAGUCGCUCAACAGAGAUCGCGAGCGCAACGAGGCGCGCGUGCUGCGCUCCGAGAGCCUGAACUGCCGCGCCGAGCGCCCGCAGCGCUCCGAGUCGCUGACCAAGGGCGAGCGGCCGAGCAAGCUGGAGAAGGGCGAGUGGAACGUCGUGCGGCGCCGCGAGGCCGGCGCGUGGCGCUCCACGAAGCUGAAGCGCAAGAACGGCAUGCCCGAGCGCGGCAUCAAGCGGCGCCACACGGUGGGCGGCACCAAGGACUUCGACAAGGACGGCUGGGCGGCGCGCCACACGCGCACGUCGUCGCCCGACCUGUCGGCCGGCGCGUGGCGCGCCUGGGCGCCGCUCGUGCCGCCGCCGCGCCCGCCGCUCGAGCGGCUCGUGUGUCGCCCUGAGAGAGGCUAUUAUUGAUUCGAUUCAUUUGACUGAAUAGAUUAAGUCACAAAUUUCUAAAUAUAAAAUAUUGAUUAAAAUAAAACCAAUAAUACUCAAAAUCCUCUGUAACGCGUGUUCGUAUCUCGCGCAUUUACAAUAUCUACAUGAAUUGAUCGAUACCGAAAAUACGAAAUUUUAGAUGUUUAACGUAUAGUAUAAUGAUAAAAAGCGAAAGUGAUUCGUCUGCAAUUUUAUUGAUUGAAUAGUGCAAUACACAUAUAUUAUAUUGACAAGAGGAAAGUAUACAUAGGUGUUACACAGUUUAUUAGUGGAAGCGAUGAUGAACCUAGCUCACUAAAUAAUGCCAAAGAAUGAUGAAAAAGGUUUCUAUUGAGGAAAUAGUCACGCGAAAUGUACGACGAUGAAAACUAGAUUCAGAUAUCAGUUAGUGAAGAAUUUUCUGCUAUUAGAUGUAAAUACAAUGAAAUAUUAUCAUGAAAAUGGACAUAUUUUCCACUAGUAGUAAAGUUAUCGUACAAAAUCGUACGCUUUCAUGAAAGUCCACAAAUCUGUAGAAUGACUCCUUUCGUAAAUAAUGAACUACUUUUGAUGGAGUUGCUGUGGGAUUGAAAAUGACUAAGAGUGCAAAAUAAACAGCAUAAUAUUAUUAAAAAUAAGUGCUACUAGUAUGUAAUUAAUAUGAGAAUUAAUUAGGUGCGCCCGUGGGCUUAAAUGAUUAAGAUAAGUGAUAAAUACCAGAAAAAAGGUAUGACCAGAACAUUAUAACACCACUAUAAUAAACUAAGGACUGUUUGUAUAAGAUUUAAUGUAGGUACUCUUGGAGUUUCAAACGUAGAAAUGAUUUAUCUUAUUGUAUUAUUAAAAUGUAAAAUAUACAUGCAUUACAUCACCUACUUGCCUUCGCGUUUGAGCGAUAUCAAUUUAUUAAGCACAAUUUUUUCAAUUAAUAGUAGGUAGAUAUUCUAUGAAUUCAAAGUUACCAGCUAGUGGUUCGUUCGGCAAGAAUUAUGAUAAUCAUUUCUAGCUAUUAUGUGUAUAUUUCAUAGCCUUGAAUUUUAAAUUAUCAAAGGCGUCUUAUAUUAGUUUGUAUUGUAAAUAAUGAUGCUAUGAGUUUAAACAUGACUAUAUACAAUUUACAAGCUACCCGUAGCGUAGUAACGAGCGAGUAUCGAACGUAACAACUACACAGCGAUAACGAUAGAAGUGAUCCCUUAAGCUUUGUAAAAAUUGUACAUUUCUUUUAUCCUUAAUUUAUAUUAAAUUUGUUAUCGUAGCUUUGUUGAAUGCAAUUAUUUUUUAUUGUUUUGUUUAUCAAAGAAAAGUAUUUUUAGGCUAAAUUCAAUUGUUAUUUAUUUACGAAAGAUUGAAAACGUGAUUCGGCACUUUCUUAUAUGAAAUAAAAAUAAUAAUAUUAAUUUUGUAAAUAUUUUCUGUAAAAUGAUAUUUUAGACU